UACAUGAUGCCAGUAGGCACAUUUCCCCUGUUAAGAUGCGUGCCUCUGAACAUUCCUGUGUCUUCAAAUUGUGACCAAGAAGCACUUUCACGAACAAGUUGCAGUCGCGAAAUAGCCCCAAGAUGGAAGACUGACCCUAAUGAUAUCCCACCCUCCAGUCAGAGGGAAAAUUCGAUUUGCAAACGCGAUACGCAGACACCAGUACGCCGAUUUCUGGGCGCCAUGAAACCAUCAAAAGCAACAAAGCAGUCUUCAGCAUUGUCAUGGCAUCGUGCUGCCCAUUCGCCAACACCAGACCGGCCUCUCAUCGAACCUUUCUCUAGAGAUCCGAAGUAUGCAGGCAGCACAAAGCACACCAAAGCAGGUGCAGUGGUCUACGAUGCUCAUGAGUUCGAUCCGAUUGUUCUACCCCUCCACUAUCAUUCCCGUUCACAGUCUCUUCAGCAUCAGUUCCUCCAGGUCACAUGCCGCUCCGAUGACGAGAAAAGUGAUGGCUCUCCUCCACAAUACGCGGCGCUCGACCCCAAUCCUUUCUCUGGCACCGCAGAAAACAGCCAUGAUUUACCAAAAACACAUAAACCCAUCACCAAGCAUAAAAAGGGUCUGAAAUUCACGGCCAAAAAAAUGAAGAUGAAUGUGCUCAGAGUAAUCCAAGACAUACCUUCGACGGCUAAAGUGGUUCAUGCUCAAAUGAACUCAAAACUCAACAAAAGAAACAGAAACAUGAGUGUAGAGAACAUUGGGUUGUAUGGAAAGCUCGCCGAUCGAGAUGGUGAAGUCAAGAAAAAGCUGCAGGACGUGGGGUAUAUUAGCCGAUAG